AUGUUCCAGCACUGGAGAACCCGGGUACACGGGUGCCCGGCGGGACUUUGGGACGAUCGGUCAGCUCGUGUCUUGAUUUGCUGGAAGCGCUUUCGCUGGCAUGGCGAUAUGCUAUCGCAAGCGCAGUCGCAGGCGGAAAGCUCUUGCAUAAGAGCCGUGCACACUCCCGCAAAGUGCACUGAGGCCCUGCGUCGUGCUCCUGAACCGGCCGUGACCCAGUUGGCGAAUGAUUUACGAACAACCGAGCAACGCUGCACUGUAGAAGGACAAUCUUUACGAGUUUUUUCGAGACCCCGUAUGGUUGCUCUGGGGGUCGGUGGCGCCGGCGGCAAUACCAUUAACAACCUGGUACGAUCUCUACGCCAACAGAACCAACAACGCAGCGCGGAUCGCAAUUCAGAGCUUCAUCUGGACCCAUUUCAGGGCCUGCGACUGCUGGCGGCGAAUACCGACGCCCAGGCGCUUUCGUUCUCCCUUGCUGACCGAACCUUCUGCCUGGGGGAACGCUUGACGGCUGGGCUCGGGGCGGGCGCAAACCCCUCCGUAGGCCGCGAGGCAGCGCGCGCCUGCCUUCCCCUGCUUAUGGAAGAAAUACGGAACGCUCAUAUUCUGUUUUUGACAGCGGGACUGGGUGGAGGUACCGGUACAGGCGCGGCGCCGGUCAUUGCCCAGGCCGCCCGAGCAGCCGGUGUCCUGACAAUCGCCGUCGUGAGUACGCCGUUCGCUUUCGAAGGACGUCAUCGUAUGCGCCUCGCAGAGCAGGGCCUCGACGAACUGGAGCCGCAGGUGGACACAAUAGUCACGAUUCCCAAUCAAAAUCUUUUCCGACUCGCAACAAAUCGAACAACGUUGCAAAGCGCCUUUCAGCUUGCCGAUGACGUGCUCUGUAAGACGAUUCGCUCGGUAACCGACCUCAUGUAUACCAACGGGUUUAUUAACUUGGACUUUGCAGAUCUAGAUGCGAUCACCCGCAACGCUGGCAGAGCUGUGUUUGGCAUGGGCGAGGCGAGUGGCUGCUCCGCACCAAUGGCAAAUGGGAACGCUUCUCUGCCCCAGCGUUCCGUGGAUACGGCAUCGUCGCCACAGGCGCGAAUCGACCGGGGUCGCCGAGCGAUUGAGCUAGCCUUGAACAAUCCCCUGCUGGACGGAAUUUCUCUCGGACAGGCUCGUGGAGCGCUCAUCAGCAUUUCAGGCGGUCGAGAUCUCCUCUUGGACGAGGUCAACGAGAUUGCCUCACUGAUUCGGGAUCGCACUGGGCCCCAUGCAAAUAUCAUCUUCGGGUCAGCGUUCGACGAGUCGCUCACGGGUACAGUGCGCGUGUCCGUAAUUAUCACGGCAGGUCGUACGCUACAGACGACGCCUGCCCCUGCUGCUGCGCCUUUUUCCAUCCGCAGCUGGUUUGCAAAGGCAUCUGACGUUGCGGAGAUGUCCACGUCAAGGAGGCAAAAAGUCGCAAACGAAACUUUUCGCGAAACAUCGCAGAACUCUGAGUCGUUGGUGCGCCCCCCAGCAGGGCCGCAUGCCACAGUUGAUCGUCAUCGCCGGCAGGGGGCUCCCAGUGCGCCUCGAAACGCAUCGCAGGGCACACCAGAGCGGACUUUUCCGAAGAAGACGGACGCUGACAAGCCAGGGCGUGCGGAAGCUCGGACGCAGACCACAGCUCGGCACAACUCUCGGUAUGUGGCGACAAAUGAUGGUUUCUCCAGUGCUGGUGCGAGCCCAGAGUCAGGAAACUGGUCUCAUUGGAUGCAGAACUUGUUGGCUUGGCGGACCAGGGCAGUCGACUUUUUGAAACACAACUGGUAA